AUGUUUUUCUGUGCCAUCUCUGGAGAGCCGCCUCAAGACCCCGUGAUUUCUAGCAAGUCGGGGCAUAUCUACGAGCGCCGGCUCAUCACAAAAUAUAUUGCGGAGAAUGGCACAGACCCUCUCACGGGUGAAAAACUGGAGGAGGGUGACUUGCUAGCUGUCAAAGCGAGUCCCAAGGCUGCUCCACCACGACCACCGACUUUAACGUCGAUACCCGCUUUGUUGCACACGUUGCAAAAUGAAUGGGAUGCCUUGAUGUUGGAAACAUUCGCUCUCAAGCAGCAAUACAAUUCGACGCGCCAGGAGCUGUCGCAUGCAUUGUAUCAGGGUGACGCAGCUACUCGCGUUGUCGCCAGGCUCAUCAAAGAACGCGACUCGGCCCGAGAUGCAUUGGCUCGCGUCCAAGAGUCUAUUGGAGUUACCCCUGCGCCUGCUCCUGAAGCUGCUGCGUCAGAUGUCGAUAUGAACACCGACGAAGGUGGUGUUCUCCCCGCGGAAAUCUCAAAGGAGAUUGUCGAAACCCAGGAAAAGCUUUCUUCGGCGCGUCGCAAGCGAAAGGCUCCGGCCAGCUAUGUCUCUACGGCCCAAGUUCGCACUUUCAAACCAAAAACUACCAUAUCCUCUCUCCAUUCGGCCUCUACUCCUGGUAUCAACUCCUUGGCGAUUUCUUCGGUCACUCCUCCCGAUGGCGGCAACCUAGAAGAGCCUUCGCUGUUCCUUACUGGUGGCAACGACAAGAUUGUUCAGCUCUACGACCGCGCUGCUGGACGCGUCUUGGCCUCUCUCAAAGGACACACCAAAAAAGUCACACAUGUCGCAUUUUGUGAAACGGGUGGCGAGUCCAUCAACCGAACGUUACUCUCUGCUAGCGCGGACAAGACUGCCAGGGUCUGGAGUCACGAUACAGCGAGCGGAGAAUACAUUCCCAAGCACACGGUUAAACUCCACAAGGGCGAAAUCACUGGUCUGGCUGUCCACCCAACACGUUCACUGUUUGCACUCGCCAGUGCGGACAAGACGUACUCGAUUCAUUCCUUGUCGACGUUCCAAUCCGUGUACCAAUCUCCUAUCCUGACCGAUCCUCCCCCAGAGGCGUUCACUUCACUCUCUAUCCACCCAGACGGUCAGCUCCUUGCUGUUGGCACAACUGCUGGAAUCGUCCAAGUAUACGACAUUCGCCAAGGUUCUCUCGCAGCCUCGCUCGCAGGUGAAAAGUCGUCGGGCUACUCGAUCAAUACCCUCAGCUUCUCUGAAAACGGCUACCAACUCGCUGCACCCUCGUCUCCGUCGAGCGUUGCAAUUUGGGACUUGCGUAAACUCAAGACCUCGGCGACCGUGCCAUUCGCAGAUUCGUUCAAGAUCAACAAGCUCACGUACGACUCGAGUGCGCACUACUUGGCUGUCGCAGGUUCAGAAGGCAUCAAGGUGCUGUUGCACAAGACUUUCGAGGAGGUAUUGAGCAUCGAUGAUGCUGGGGAUGUUAUGGAUGCUGCAUUUGCGGGCGCGAAUGGCCUCGAACUUUGGGGCGUUGGUCCGCGGGAAGUUAAGAUUUGGGGACCAGGCGAAAAUUGA